UCAACUGCGGUCUCUGCUUGAGAUCUAUGGGCAGAAAAAGAAGAAGAAGAAGUUAUAGAGAAUGGUUGUCGUAUAACCUUUUUGCUUUUUAUUUGUGUGUUUUAGGUAGGAAUCGUCAAAAGAGAAGAAGAUAUGUCGAUAGAAUACUAAUAAAACCAGGAUGGAUGAAAUUCUGAAAGAAGCAUUAGGGACAGUCACACUGAAGAGAACUGGGAAAGGUGGUGGCGGAUGUAUAAAUGAAGGAGAGGCAUAUCUCAUUGACACAGGGACUGUCUUUGUGAAGUACAACAAGAAGCCACAGGCACGGGAGAUGUUUGAUGGUGAAAGUGACUCUUUGAAAGCUAUUGCUGCAACACAGACAGUGCAUGUUCCAAAGCCACUUCAUGUAUUAGACAACCCAGAGGGUGGAGCUGUUCUAGUGUUGGAGUACCUAGACCUGAAGGGUCUGACUCGCUACUCCCGUCAGCUCGGGGAGGAGUUGGCCAGAAUGCACCUGCACAAUGCAGAACUUGGAAAGAAACAGAAAGAACAGGAGAGCUAUGUCGGGGGUCAGGGAACAGAAAAUGACAAUGAAGAUGAAGACAGGCUACUGUAUGUGAACCAGUUUGGAUUUCACACCACAACUUGCUGUGGCUAUCUGCCUCAGGACAACACAUUCUGUGAUGACUGGCCAACAUUCUAUGCAAGACAAAGGCUUGAACACCAGUUGAAAUUGAUUGAGAAAGAUUAUGGUGAUAAAGAAUCGAGAGAACUCUGGUCCAGGCUUCAGCACAAAAUUCCAAACUUCUUUAAGGAUAUGACUAUAGAACCAUCACUGUUACAUGGAGAUCUUUGGGGUGGAAAUGUGGCAGAAUCAACAACAGGGCCAGUUGUUUUUGACCCAGCAUCAUUUUAUGGACACCAUGAAUUUGAAUUGGCCAUUGCUGGAAUGUUUGGAGGUUUUAAUAGUACAUUUUACCAAGCGUAUCAUAAUCUGAUUCCUAAAGCUCCAGGAUUUGAAGCCAGGCAUAAGCUCUAUCAACUUUUUCACUACUUAAAUCAUUGGAAUCAUUUUGGAACAGGCUACAGAGGAUCCAGUAUCUCAAUAAUGAAACAUUUGGUCAAAUGAAUCUGCUAAAUACUGCCACUACUGAUUAUGAGUGUUGUUAUAUUUGUUAUGUUAGAUUUCUGGAUUUACAGCAGCACAGUGAAUGUGAUAAGUUGCAGACAGUUGUAUGUAUUAAUGGCCACAUUCCCUCUUUAGAUAGCUGGUGCUAGUUAUCUGCUAUGGUAUAAACUACUUCUUUCCCUUUACUUGCUAGUUAUUUGUAGUUGAAACACUUCUGUAUCAGCCAUUACAGGCUGGUUAAAAGCAAUUUAUUGUUAAAGUUUCUUGCAGAUAUGUAUUUAGGAAACUGGUUCAUAUACCAGAGAGAGGUUAGCUGAUGUAUACAUUGUGAUGUCUUCUAAAUGUGACUGUUAUCUAAUUUUGUAGCUAUUGUUAAUAGUGAUAUUUUUCUUUUAUUGAAAAUAUGAUAUUGAGUAGAGAGAUUAGAUGUUGCAGCUAUAAUUUAUGAGUGAUAAAUGAUACAUCUAACUUAGAACAGAUUUAGUUCUAGAAUAGUAUCGUCCAGUAGUGUCGUCAUUGGGAAUUGUAACUUCCUAGGAAACAGUCCUAUUGCGAUACUGUGUUUAGUUUUAGUAAAGAAUGUUGUCUUCUCACCUAUAUGUGUUGGUGAGAUGUAUAUGUGUGGUAAUGUACAUACAUAUAUAUGUAUGGACUCUGUCCACCAGACAACUAAGCUAGCUAUUGAUGCGGUCAGCUUGUGUUGUUAUCAGUGAGGCACUAUAGUGAGAAAUAUUGCCACCAUAUUGGGAGGUGUUCGUAGUAGUGUUGUUGUAAGGCACUUGCAUGAGAAGUACAGAACUGAAUUCUGUUUCAAUGUGAAGUGACUUUUUUUAACCAAACAGUAUCACUGGUUUUCUUGAACAUACUACUUCAGCACAUACCUGUGCUACACCAAACUAGGUAAAUGAUAGAAGUCUGGCAUAUCAGCUGUGUCCAUCAUCAACUGAAAAUAUACGUAGGGUAAAAUAGAGUUCUAUUCGGUGCUUACUGUUAUGACAGUAUCCCCAGUGCACCAAAAAUACACAGUGCUAAAUGAGAACAGUUCAGUAAACUGUGUGCAAAUUCAGUAAAUAUUAUUUUAUAUGAUGUCAGUUACAGAUCAUCUCAUUUUUUCAUUUCCAUAGGUUUCCCUUUCUGAUACCUCAUAACUGUCCUUCAUUCCAGUCUCAUAUUUCAAAUUCAUUCCAUCCAUUGCUUUAUCAAUUCCCUGUUACUACUGCAUUGUGAUUUCCUCAUCCCUUAUGUCCCAUCUGAUGUCCAGUGAAUUAGACGUUUCUGCCAUUCUGUCAAAACAAUGACUGCAUUUUUAUUUCUGGCCUGCACACAAUGUUCCUUUUACAUUUGUAACUUGUAUUUGUCUGUUUCAUUUCAUUGAACCAUUUGUAAACAUUUAAAAAAAUUAGUUUCAGAUGAGCUUUCCUCUCUGAUUUAGCACCCAGCUUAAUGAAAUCUUAUUAGUGUAUGAUAUAGUGUAUAGUCAUAUUUCUUGUUUGCUGUGUGUAUUUGAAAUGAUCUGCAAAUCUAUGCAGAGUGUUUAUAUUCACACAGCUGGUCUAUAACAGUCCAGCUAUGUAUUAUAAUAUACUCUGCAAUCUAUAAACUGUAACUGUCUUAAGUUAAUAUUGCAUAAUUUUGAGAAAUUAAAAUUCCAUUAAUUAAUGUUUUUGACAAAAGGAUUUUUAGUUUAGUUGCUUUAACAGAUGUUCCCAGUUUUAUGUGACAUUUGUGUGCCAGUAUUAUUUUAAGGGAAGCUCAUUAAAUGAGUGGUAUAGCAGUUACUAUUUGUUUUCUAUACCUAGAUGAUUUUUAAAUAGGUAAUUAAUUAACUUAAGUCUGAAAGUUUGUGACAGUGGUGUGUUCUUGAAGCAAAUUGAUCUUCCAUCUCCUAAAAUGUUGUCGUGUUUAUUGAUUUUAUUUAAUCUUGGACGAUAGAUAAUGUCCAGAAAACAAUUUGCUUCAGGUAAUUAAUUAAGCAUAAUCCUUAAUAAUUCAUAGUAUGAUGAUCACAGUUUUGUGGGGAGCUUGCUGAUUGGUCCAGCAUCAUAAUUGAGUUGUUUCCUGGAAUGGAAUAUAAGAAGGGGAUGCAUGUAGGAGAAAUUUUGAAAUAUAAUUUGAAAGGGGUGGCAUAUAUAUUGUGAUUUUCCAAGGAAGGGUUUUGUGGAGUGAGUCAACUGCAGCUGAAGAGUAAUUGACAUACACAUUCGUGUUUACUACAAGGUUCUGUUUUGGCAAGAUGUGCCGCCUAUAUUCUACUGGAUCACUGAAAAAGAAUAUCCAUAUUUCUAAGGGUGUGUAUUUCAUGAAGUGAUUGACUGACGGAAAUUACUUUUUUGUCUAAAUAAACUCUUCAGAGCUUACAAAUUAUUUAGAAUAAAUGUAAGUCAUUUGUUGUUUGGUUGAACGUUUUCUUUCCACAAGUUAAUGACAUUAAUCUUGAAACUGGAAUACAUUUCCUUUUCCAACAAACUGUUACUAUGUUACAUUUCUGCAUAAAUAGUAGGAGCUAUAUCUCCUCUCGCCCUCCUAGUUCCUCAGUAGUAUGUAGCAGGACAGCUUUUAAGUUUUAGUAAAUGUUACUGUUGUAUGUUAGUUAUUUUAUGAAAUAUCAAGUUUUAAUUAUUGGCAUAAUCUUUUUCAAAGAUCCAGUGUUAAUUUGCUCACCAUGGUGGAUGUGUAGCUGUCUGUACAUGCAUGUGUAUAACCAGUUUUAUAAAUGUUUGAUGUAAGGCAUUACUAGUUCCUGCCUGAAGUGAAGGAAAGUAGGGGUAGCUUAGAAAGCUUAGAAGUUAAAGAACCUCAUAGAUCUAUUCUGCCUAACUGUGAAAAAUUAAGAGUUGUUAGUGAGUUUAGUUUUGAUUGUUGCUUCAUCAGUGCUUGAACCUUCUACAAAACAUACAUGCCAAAUUCUGUCAUGACACUACAUGCUUACCUAGAAUCUGUAGUAUAUUUUUGUUACAGUUUACUUUCUAUAAAUCUUUACUUGUUAACAUUAAAAAAAUGUUUUUUUAAGUCUUAUAGCUAUGUAAGCGUACUUAUCAUGAGUACAACAUAACUGACUGAUUAUUUUAAACAUUGAUGUUUUACUGUGAUGCAUUUUAUCAUAGUACAAUAUUUAGACAAUCUUGUUUUCAGUCCAUGAUUUUAUUAAAUUUCUGGAAAGUUA